AUGUUCGCAGCAAGAAGUGCAUCUUCCCAGUUACCGGCAAACAUCACUAGGAAACUACAACAACUCUCUCCCACAAGACAGCUACAGAUACAAGAAGCCAUCCACACUCAAGCUGAGAGUGACUUUCCUUUCACUAAACAAGAGCUCUCUCCCACAAGACAGCUACAGAUACAAGAAGCCAUCCACACUCAAGCUGAGAGUGACUUUCCUUUCACUAAACAAGAGCUCACACAUGCAAUAUCAAACAAGAAAGAUACUGCUCCAGGAGCUGAUAAGAUCCCAUAUUCUUUCAUUAACCACUUGGGCCCAAGGGGCAAGACAGCUCUUCUCAGGAUCUUUAAUCAGUCACUACAGUCUGUUUUUCCACCAACAAUCUUUGCAUACCAAAAAGGUGCAGGCACCGGCGAUAACAACGCAACACUGCUAUCACUACUAGAUGGAAAAGACAGCAUUGUAGUAUUCUUGGACUUAGAAAAAACUUUUGAUCUUGCCAACAAAGAGGCCAUCUUAUCCUUAUUAGCAGAAAAAGGCCUCAGAGGGAGGCUCCUUGAGUGGAUACAAGACUACCUGACUGGCAGGAAAGCCAAAGUCAGGUUCCAGGGAGAAUUAUCUAACUCUUAUGAUUUCGAGAAUGGAACACCACAGGGAGGACUCCUUAGCCACUUUCUCUUUAACAUUUUAAUCUCGAAACUAGUAGAUAUUCCAUUUCCAUCAGAUGUUCAGCUUUUAGCCUAUGCAGACGAUAUCCAACUUGUAGCCACAGGCCAAAAUCGUCACAUAAAUGCUCAGACCUCGUUAGACUUACUGGAAAAUAAGUGCAGAGAGCUUGGUUUAAAAGUUAACUCAGAUAAGUCAAAAGCACUCCAGAUAAGAAGAAUAUCAGCCUGUCGUCAGCUCUAUAUAGGCAAUACACCCCUAGAGUGGGUUCCGUCAUACAAAUGCCUAGGCAUAUUCUUCAACUCUGAGCUGUCAGCCACCACACACCUACGAUUUCUAUUAGAAAGAACAAGAUGCCGCCUCUGCAUUUUAAGGAAGCUAACCUCUUGUAAGACAGGUGCUGGUUUCAAGGUCUUAAGACUCUUCCACACUCUUGCAAUUCGAUUCCUAGUGGACUAUAGUGCGCCUGCACUACUAACACUCAGCUCUGACCAAAUUGUCUCUCUAGAAACCAUACAGAAUAGAGCCAUGAGAUCAAUACUUGCUGCCCCAAGAUGGACUAGACUAGCCAAUUUAAGAGUCGAGACUUACUUAUCAUCUCUCCACACCAGAAUCAGACAAAUAGAAGUCACUCUCUGUUCAAAGAUGAUCACACGUACCAGACCUUCACCCUUAAAAACUUUCAGCUGUAUAUUUCAUAACCAAGACUUACACCACAACCUCACAUGGCACCGCAAGUUAGCUGAAGCAUUCCUCUUCCUUAAUACAGUACCUAUACUAUCGGCAAGAGGAAUAGAUAACUAUCACCCACACUACCAUCCAAACCCCCCAUGGAAAGACAAAUCUAUAUCAAUACACACCAGCACCAUUCCUACCACGAAGGCUCUGUGCACUCCUACCAUGAUAGCACAGUUAAAGGCGAACAUAGAGGCACUCAGGGCAGAAGAUACUCUCAUCAUCUACACGGAUGGCUCUGUUGAUCAGGCCACUGGCAGAUCAGGGGCAGCCAUAGUUACCGACGACAUGAGCAUAGCACACAGAGUGUCAGAUGGAGCAUCCACUCUACAAACUGAACUGUAUGCCAUCAAGUUGGCUUUCAGACACACAGUAUAUACUACACACCCAACUAUACAUAUCUUCACUGACUCUCUCUCAGCCAUACAGACCCUUAAGAAAAACCAAGUCACAGAUAAUCUCAAACUAGUAACAACCAUUCUCUUUCACAUCCAGCAACUGGAAGAACAAGGAAAGACCCUGAGCUUAUGGUGGAUCCCUAGCCACGUCAACAUCUCUGGCAACGAGUCUGCUGCUGCUGCUGCCAAGAAUAGUCUACGUUUCAGCACUAUCAAUGGACACAUUACCCCAAGAUCCCCAUCAGCAAAUUGGUACAAGAUAGUCACCGACUACAAUCCUCCAUUCUCAGUCACCACUCUUCCCAGGAAAUCUGCUGCAGUAUACCACAGACUCCGCUUAGGAUACAGAUGCAAUUGGGAGAUAGAUAUCAGAGUCCCCAGGCCAUGUACCUUGUGUACCAUAAUCACUGAUGAGCCUCUAAUCCACUAUAUCCUGGACUGCCCUAAUAUCCAGCAAUUACCUCAGCAAUACCAAGGCCCGCAAAGAAGAGAUCGAAGACAAUUUGCUUCUACAGCUGCCAGAUGUCUAGCCGAAAUACUCAGCUCACCUGAUGUCCUCCAGGUACUUACAAGUUCCAGAGUGACAACAUCUGAUGUUCCAGAGGAAUUGGCCAAGGGAUUGCAUAGGUCAUCAGGGAGAGAGCUUGUUCUUUGUAAAUUUGCAGAAUUCAUACACUGCAAGUUGCUCUCUGACAUUACUUGCACUAGGGGUGAUGUUAGUUACCGCUGCAGCAUAGGGAGUAUCGGUUAUGUCGAAGAGGCAGAGGAACGCGAGAAUAUGACAGCGACCGUGAAUCUCUUGAGAGAUUCUGAAUAUUCUGAAGAUUAUACACUAGCGCAGAUGUGGAAUUUGAUCAGGAUAAAUUUAUCAUAUUAG